GGAAAUGUGACUUAGUCUAUUUUGAAUAUCUGUACUGCCACGAGCGAAUCUACCCUUUUCGUAUAUCAUGUCCCCUAAAUGUCUAUAAUCCAAGCACACACCGUAAAUAACAUUCAGUCCUCGGUUUCAACCGAAAAAGUUUAAACAUAUAAGACGCGGCUGAGUUAAUGGUUGCGCAACGUGUUAGGUUUUUUAUGUAGUCCUAACACAUUCUGAAUACAAUCCUGCUACCUUUCAGUUCGAACUAUCAAGUUCUUUCAAUCUCACUUGUUGAUGUAAAUUAUCGUCGAUCUUCACCACUAAAAGUUUUUGGGAAUUAAUUGAUGACCACUAAUCGAACAGCUCACGUUAUUGUGCUUGGUGAUCUCUCACGAUCACCAAGAAUAUUGUCCCAAGCUCAGUUUUUGGCUCGUGAUGGUUGGGAUGUAACUAUAUCAGGAUACAAAACUGAAAUAAUAAACCCGUUGAAUUUUAAAUUGAAAGUCCUGGGUAUACCUAUGUGUCCGAAUUUCAAAGCUCUACAUUUCCCUUCGUUUAUGGUUUUUAUCCUCAAGUUUAUUUUUACGGCUGUAGCACUCUUCUGUCAUCUUACUAGACACUGCCGUAGCCGUUUAAUUUUGGUUCAGAAUCCUCCUGCAGUACCAACUUUUUUGAUUUUAUGGUUGUUUAUCAAGAUUACGGGGAAGAAUUUAGUUAUUGACUGGCACAACUAUGGUUAUACUCUUGUGGAGCUAAAUGCGCCUAGAAGAAGUUUAUUCACGCGGUUGUACUACAUAUUGGAAGUUGACUUUGCAAGCCGCUUUAUGUCCAGAAUGUCCGAUCGUGUUGCGAACAUUUGCGUAUCCAAAGCUUUAAAGUACGAUAUGGGAAUGAAAUCAAUAGAAGCAACUGUUUAUUAUGAUCGUCAUGCAGAAGAAUUCAAACCUACACCUGUAGAUGUUGCCCACUGUCUGUUCUUGAAACUCAGCGAUCAAUACUCAGCGUUUAGAAACAAACUAGAUUCAUGUCGAUUCACACGCUUUACUGAGAUAACUGCUCUACCGACUAAUACCAAGAACAAUGAGCCCCAUUGGCGCCCAGAUCGCCCAGCAUUGGUUGUUAGUAGUUGCAGCUGGACACCUGAUGAUGACUUCACGUUGGCAAUUAAAGCACUGGGAAUCUACGACAAGGCAGCUGAAAAACCAGAUUCAGGUUUACCCAGUAUUGUGUUUGCUGUAACAGGUCGUGGUCCAUUACAAAGCUACUAUGCAAAAUUAAUAAAAGAACAAAAGUGGAAACAUGUGGAAGUCAUUAUGUUGUGGCUUGAGUGGUCAGAUUAUCCCGUUUUUCUUGGAUGUGCUGACUUAGGACUUAGCAUACAUCGAAGUUCCUCGGGACUGGAUUUACCCAUGAAAGUAGUUGACUUACUUGGUGUGAACGUCCCUGUCCUGGCGCUAGGUUAUACAACACUCAGUGAAUUGAUGGAGGAUAAUAAAUAUGGCUUAUUUUUCGAAACUGGCGAACAAUUAGCUGAUCAAAUGUGCGACUUGUUGAAACCACCCCGUAAUUCUACAGUCCAAUAUACUUAUGAAGCUAGCCGUUUUUUAUCUGUUGGGUCAGAAAAAUUAAUUCAUUUUCGCGAAUGUUUAGCUGAAAGAAACAAAAACCUGAUUAGAGGAUUUACCUACUGGAAAAAUACUGCAUUACCAGUGUACGAAAAAGCAGUUCAUACUAAUCCCUAUAAAAACAAAGAUAAUUAGAUGGUAAUACAUAAUACGAAUCUUUUGUGUCACUUGUUUACUUGAUUUCGAAAACCCUAGUUUCUAUUCAUUUAUUUAUUUGAACACAUGAAUAUUGGUACAAGAGAGCGCCAAUAUAUAUGCGCCACACAAAACAAUGAGAAUUCGAAGAGAAAUAGAAAAAAAAGCUAAGGAGCGCAAAAAAAAGAGAACAAUAACGAAGAGAUUGGUGUAAGGUAGUGUGGUGGUAACGAGGUACAAUCAGAAGAAAUCUUUCAGGUAAGGGAGACACAACCACUUUUUAUGAAGAAAGUAAAAGAAGGUUACAGCAGGAUCGCCACUGGCUUCUAUUCUGAGCCAUAUCUGAUAACGUCUCUAGCCACUGUGUUGCACCAUCUCUCGGACCCCAGCCAGGGAGUCCUGAAGGACCAACGCUAGCCAACCCUUUGCAGCUUUCUUUCAUACCACGACACCAUGUCAUGCACUGACCACCUCUCCGCUUCUUCCAACCAGUCCCAGAGUCGGCAAAUAAUGCACGACGUGGAAUUCUCUGGGAAGACAUUCGUAGAACAUGUCCAAGCC